CGUAAAUCAGCUGUCCAAUAUCAGUCGUUGUAGGUGGCAGCACCGCGUCACGUGAAUUUUCAUGGCGUUGAAGGGCUAGUCCCGAAUUGUCUUGUGAUUUCGCCAAAUUAUUUGCUGUUUCAAAUAUUUAGUGUUAAACAGCAUUAAUUUAUAAGUUCCAGUGGUGAAGAUGUCUGAAUACUGGGUGAUCAGCGCCCCGGGCGACAAGACGUGCCAGCAGACCUGGGACACCCUCAACAAUGCCACCAAGUCGGGCAAUCUCAGCGCCAACUACAAAUUUCCAAUCCCUGACCUGAAGGUGGGGACAUUGGAUCAGUUGGUGGGACUGUCCGAUGACCUGGGUAAGCUCGACACCUUCGUUGAAAGUGUCACGAGGAAAGUCGCUCAGUACCUUGGUGAGGUACUGGAAGACCAACGCGAUAAGCUCCAUGAGAACCUUAUGGCAAACAACAGCGACAUGCCAUCGUACCUUACCCGUUUCCAAUGGGACAUGGCGAAGUACCCCAUUAAGCAGAGUCUGCGUAACAUCGCCGAUAUUAUCAGCAAACAGGUGGGUCAGAUCGACUCGGAUCUGAAACAGAAGUCGGCCGCCUACAACGCACUCAAGGGCAACCUACAGAACUUGGAGAAGAAGCAGACUGGCAGUCUGCUGACCCGCAACUUGGCGGACUUGGUGAAGCGCGAACACUUCAUACUGGACAGCGAGUACUUGACCACCCUGCUUGUCAUCGUGCCCAAGUCGAUGUUCAACGACUGGACAGCGAACUACGAGAAGAUCACGGACAUGAUCGUGCCGCGCUCGUCGCAGCUCAUCCACCAGGACAACGACUACGGGCUCUUCAACGUCACGCUCUUCAAGAAGGUAGUGGAGGAGUUCAAGCACCACGCCCGCGAGCGCAAGUUCGUGGUGCGCGAGUUCUCGUACAACGAGGCCGACAUGGCGGCCGGCAAGAACGAGAUCACCAAGCUCGUCACCGACAAGAAGAAGCAGUUCGGUCCGCUGGUGAGGUGGCUGAAGGUGAACUUCUCCGAGUGCUUCUGCGCCUGGAUACACGUCAAGGCGUUGCGUGUCUUCGUUGAGUCCGUGCUCAGAUACGGCCUCCCGGUGAACUUCCAGGCGGUGGUGAUGGUGCCGUCUCGCAAGAACACCAAGAAGCUGCGCGAAGUGCUGCAGACGCUCUACGCGCACCUCGACCACUCCGCGCACCAGCACACCAGCUCCGCGCAGGAUAACGCGGAGUUGGCGGGUCUCGGUUUCGGUUCGUCCGAGUACUUCCCGUAUGUGUUCUACAAGAUCAACGUGGACAUGCUCGACAAGAAUUAACUGCGCCCGACGACAACCCCUUUAUAUUAGGUAAUGUUACCAGGUUGUUAAUCCUGUGUGUUCGGCUGUAUCGGUCACGCAAUAGCAUGAAGUUUCAUCGUACAAUUUAUUUUACUUUAUACAACAUAUCUAAUAUCUAUCCCCAAAUUAAUAUCAACCCUUGAAAAAAGCAUAUUUUUCUAUAUGUACAGAUUUUUUGAAAUCGUUUUAUUUGUGACAUCUUUAAAUCAUAUUUUUUCGUUUUACAAUGCAGGUUGUUGGUAUAGAUGUUUGUGUAAUUUAUAUAAUGUGUUAUUUAUAAAUAAGAUGCCAUUAUGAAUUGAGAAAAAUAUAAAAUUGUUGCAAUAAUCUUGGUAAAGCUUUAUGGCUUGAUGUUUUUGUUGAAAGUUAAUAAAACCUGUUUAAAUAAAUGAAUUGAGUUCAGUAUUAUACUUGAGUUGCGUAGUGUAGCGUAACGCCUACAAAUGUAUAUUAACGUAAAUAACAUCAGAUGCAAAGCUAUGUAAAUAAGAACAUUCCUCAAACGUGUGUAGUACAUAAUAAAAUAUUAUUCAAGUUACUGUU